AUGAGGGCCGCGGACAAGGUCACGUCACGGCCGGCGACCGCCGCGGGGGCGCGCGCGCCGAACCCGCGUCCGUGUCGUUCUGUGCGGCCACCACCGACGACCAGGGCCCUUCAUAGCGCGCUCCCCCGCAAGCACGAGGCCUCGAGCCCGCUCACGAGCGGCGCCGGAUCCCCCCGCGCCCGCAAGGCGGAGGACGUGGCCGCACGAGCUGUUGCCCUACGUGAGGACGCUGCAGCGCUGGGGGGGCCGUUCGUCUGGAUCGGGGACCAGAAGGCGCACAGCACGACUGCCCGCGGCGCGGAAGUCAUCGAGGACAUGUCCGCCUGGGCCCAGGACGGCCUCCUCCCACUCCUGAAGGACCUCGACGCGGACCGCGGGGACGGCCGCAACGGCCCGUGGCAGCCCGCGGACUUCCUGCCGGACCCGCAGUCGCCGGAUUUCAUCGACCAGGUCCGCGAGCUGCGGGCGCGGUCCGCGGAGCUCCCCGCGGGGUUCCUCGUCGCGCUCGUGGGCGACACGAUCACGGAGGAGGCGCUGCCGACGUAUAUGAACAUGCUCAACAUCAUGGACGCCGGGUGCGGGGACGCGACGGGGCGCGACGCGCACGGGUGGGCGCAGUGGACGCGCGGGUGGACGGCGGAGGAGAACCGGCACGGCGAGGCGCUGAACGCGUACCUGUACCUCGGGGGCCGCGUGGACAUGCCGGCGGUGGAGCGGACGGUUCAGGGGCUCAUCUCGCGGGGAAUGGACGGGAAGAUGGAGAACAACCCGUACUUGUGCUUUGUGUACACGAGCUUCCAGGAGCGCGCGACGCGCGUGUCGCACGGCAACACCGCGCGCCUCGCAAAGGAGUACGGCGACGACGCGCUGGCCAGGCUGUGCGGGAUGGUCGCCGCGGACGAGGCGCGGCACGAGGAGGCGUACAAGCGCAUCGUGGAGCAGGUCCUGCUGCGCGACCCCGACGGCGCGGUGCUCGCGUUCGCGGACAUGAUGCGCAAGGGCAUCGUCAUGCCGGCGGCGCUCAUGGACGACGGCGUGCACGCGUCGGGGAAGAAGGGCGCGCGGCCGGGCGACGGGCUCUUCGACGACUACGCGGAGGUCGCCCAGCGCCUCGGCGUGUACACUGCGCGGGACUACGCGGACAUUGUGGAGCACCUUGUGCAGCGGUGGGGCAUUGCAGACCUGAGCGGGCUCUCCGGGGAGGCGGCGGAGGCGCAGGAGUACCUCGUGGGACACGCGGAGAAGGUGCGGCGGCUGGCGGAUCUGGGCGAGCGGCGCGCGCAGCGGUCGCGCGAGGCGGGCCGCGAGCUCGCGCGCAAGUUCUCGUGGGUCUUCGGCGAAGAGAUCAGCCUGCUGUGA